AUGGUGGACGACGAGCCGGAAAGCUAUAAACUGCAGCCGGAAAAUGCUUUCCCGGUGAAGCCAUUUUAUGGCGAGCUUAUCGACAGAGAUCUUUUAAGAGUCACUAAUUUAUGUAAUAUAGCAGCAAUGUGUAGUGAUGUGAGGGACACCAUACGGACAUAUGUAGCUUCGAGUGGGAGCUAUAAUGUUAACACCCAUUGCAGUGGGAAGAAAAUUAUUGUGUUGGAAUUGUUUGAUGUUUUGUUGAAGGCAUGCCAUGAGCCUCUGCAAUAUUAUGACUUUGUUAUUUCAUUCAUUCGUGAUACUGCAACUGGAUUGGGAGAAAUAGUCCCUUACCAUGUCUUGAAAAGGGCUGGCGUGGAAAAUGCCCAGAAAAAAUAUGCAGAUCUUAUACUAGACAAACUUGAUGUCGAUUUCAUUAUAAAGGGUCAUUUGUAUAGAGAUUCGUGCACUCACCUAGAUGAUGAUUUUGUUAAAGAUUUGACCAAGAUUAAUCCUUCUCAUAGGAUUAGGGAUUUUCAUUUGAAGGAUGUUUUCAUGGUUGACGUUAAUCCAAGGUGCAAAUUUCAACCAGAGAAUGGCAUUUUGGUUAAGCCAUUUGAUGGUGAUUUGGAUGAUAGAGAAUUGUAUGAGCUUCCAGAGUUUUGUAAAAGUGCAGCUGAAUGUAAUCAUGUGAAAGAAGCUAUAAGACUUUAA